AUGUCCGAAUUUAUUCCUCUAGUUAUUGACAUCCUAACUUGUUUCUGUGGUUAUUGUGCCAAAUGGGCAGAUUCAAUACGCAAUCUUGGAGAAAAGCUCAACUCUUUGGAAAGUGCUUCAAAGCAACUCGACGAUAUGUAUCAUGAUGUCAAGAUGAAGGUCGAAGCAGCAGAGCAGGACCCAAGGCUGACGGUUUUGAAUCGGGCAAGGGGUUGGAUGCGCAGAGAAGAAGAGCUACGAAAGGAAGUCGAAGACAUUGUGAAGCAAGGUCGUCGAGAAAUACAAGCCAAAUUUUUCGGAGGUCAUUGUCCCAAGAAUUGCCGGGCUAUCUACAAGCUACAAAAAAUGGUUGACCAAAAGCUGAGUGACGUUGAUGAUCUUACAAGCGAAGGCCAUUUUGAUGUUGUAGCAGAAAAGAUUUCCCGUUAUAUGUUCUAUGAACUUCCUGUGGCUAAGCUUGUAGGGGUAGAAUCAACAUUUGAGAAGCUAUGUUCAUGCUUUGAGAACAAUCCGAGAGGCAUCAUUGGUUUGCGGGGAAUGGGAGGGGUAGGCAAAACAAGUCUGCUCAGGAAAUUCAACAACGAUUUCCUUUCAAAGAAAGCAAACAAUGUAGUCAUUUGGGUUGUGGUGUCUAAAGAUGCAGAUGAAGGAAAAAUUCAAGUUGCCAUUAGGAAGAAAUUGAAUGUCACAGAUGAUGAAUGGAAUAAUAAGACGGUGGAUGAAAGAGCUGUUGUGUUAUGGAAUAUCUUAAAAAACAAGGAAUUUGUGUUGUUAUUAGAUGAUGUGUGGGAAAGGAUUGACCUGUUAAAAUUGGGGGUUCCUUCCCCUAAUAAUCAUGAAUGUAAGAUAAUAUUUACAACUCGGUUAGAAGAGGUAUGCGGUUGGAUGGGUGCGGAUGCAGAUGGAAGCAUCAAAGUAAAUUGUCUCCCACCAGAUAAAGCAUAUGAUUUGUUCAAGGAGAAAGUGGGCGAUGCUACUCUUGAACAACCUAAUAUAUCGUCUCUUGCAAAGCAAGUGGUGGAAGAAUGUAAAGGCUUGCCACUUGCUCUUUGUACUGCCUUUCCAACUGAGGCAUUUGUCCUUCCAAGUACUGUCAAAGUUCUGGACUUUUCUUCUAAUUAUGGAAUAAGAGAUGUACCAUCAGAAAUAGGGGACUUUGUAAACCUGGAACACAUGAACCUAUCCAAUACUCGCAUAAGAAAAUUGCCAGAGGAGUUGAAGAAUUUGAAGAAGCUGAAGGUCUUGUUGCUGGACAGAAUGCACGUGCUUGAAUUCCCAGAGAAAGUUAUAUCCGGUUUGUUAUCCCUUCAAGCUUUUAGCACGAGACGGUCAAAACUUGGAGGGAUUGAUGAAAAUGUGUUGUUGAAUGAGCUAGAAGGCUUAGAUCGUCUUCGAGAUAUACGCAUUUCUGUCUUCAGCACCUCCUCUGUCGAAAAAAUACUGAACUCCCCAAAAUUGCAAAGAUGCAUGUGUGAGCUAUUUGUUACAAGAGUACACUCAUCACUUCGCGACUUGUUCUCAUCACUUGGAAAUAUGAAGCAUCUUGAAACAUUAAAAGUUGAUGCUUCUGAGGUUGCGGAGACUCCGAGGAGCUUAUUUAGGCGGACAUGA